UUAAUCAAGCCAUUUCGUUCUGCACGUCAUCACGGUGCGUCGUCACGAAAGGGUUAUUUCAUAGCUUAAUGGUCUGACACUCAGAUGCCUUUUUCGAAACAACAUCUGUCGCUCAGCUGAAGAGUAGGCCUAGUGUUAGGAAUGCCGAAGAAGUUCCAGGGCGAGAACUCCAAGGCGAUGACUGCCAAGGCCCGCAAGGCAGAGGCCAAAGCUGUGGAAGACUCCCGCAAGAAGAAGGAGCUGGAGGAUGCUUUAUGGCAGGAGAACGAUAAACAUGUCCUGAAGAAAGAACAGAGGAAGGACGACAAGGAGAAGAAGCGCCUUGAGGCCCUGGAGAGAAAGAAGGAGAACCAGCGGCUCUUGGAUGAGGAGGCUGCAAAGAUUAAGGGCAAGGCCAAGGAGGCGGCUGCUGCUGUGGCGGCGUGCAAAGUGACCCGGGCCCAGAUUGAGGAGACGCUGCGUAUUGAGCAGGCGUUACCGCAGGAGCAACCCAAAGAGAAAGAGAAGAGUCAACUGGAGUCACCCCUGGAAGAGAAUGUGAAUCGCCUCAUCCCUGAGGAAGGUGCAGGGGACGCUAGAUCCAUAGAGGAUGCCAUUGCUGUGCUCAGCACGGCUGAAGAGCUCGACCGCCACCCCGAGCGCAGGGUGAAGGCAGCGUUCGCCGCGUACGAGGAACUGAACAUGCCCCUCCUUAAAAAAGAGAACCCCAACAUGCGGCUGUCGCAGCUCAAGCAGCAACUGAAAAAGGAGUGGAUGAAGUCGCCAGAGAACCCCCUGAACCAGCGCUUUGCCAACUACAAUGCCAAGUGAACCAACUCCAGCAGCAGCUGACACAAAACUGUUACCUAUACAUAUUGGACCUUACAAUGGAAGAUGCCUCCAACCUAGAAUUAUUCCCCCAUUAUGAAUACGUUGCUGGAAAAGCUGCACUCAUUCCCUAGGAAGGACCUCUGAUGCAAGGAAUCACCUUGGGACUUCAGCUUGUUUCAUUUAGAGGAGAAGCAAAUUUCCCCCAUUUUCCUGAGGAUUUUUCUGUUACUGUGAAUUCCCACUUGUGAAGCAUCUCAGUGGUUUAUGGAUUUUAUUCCCAUGAUCAGUUUUUGGCACUUAAAUUGAAAACGGGGGGGGGGGGUGUGACAGAAGUUUGAGAUUAAAAGUAAUUUAUUACAGUUCACAAUACUAGCAUCUAAUUGUUUCUGAGAGUGAGACUACAGGUAUGUCGCUGUAUAAGAGCGUCUGCUAAAUGACUAAAAUGUGGUCUGCACUCUUGCUAUAGUAACCACCUCCUUUUAAAGGCCCAAUGGAGUUGUUUUAUAGAAAUAUGACAAUUCUGGGUUACAAUUAAGUACCUUACUGUACUAGUUUUCCAUUAAAAUUGUAAAUUAUGUUUAGCAAAAUUCUCAGACUUUUCAUAGGACUGUCUGGGAGUGGUCUGAGUGGGGAGGGGAAAACUCAAAACUAGCUGUCUGGAACUCUUUGUUAUUGGUCUAAUUUACGGCCUGGUGAUGACCCAGGCAAGCUGAAAAUCCCUCCCAUGCAAACCUGCUGCUUUUAGAUGGUCUUGUGUAUAUUGUAUUUUCAACCAGCAAUUAUCAGGAAAUUACUUAUGAAAUGUUUAAUACUUUUACAGUGUUAGUUUCAUCAGCUGUUGUACAAUAUGAUAUGAAACAUACAAAAUGAGUUGUCUGCACUGGGCCUUUAACCCUUAAUGAUGAUAAUGACCCACAAAAGAAAAUAUCAUGACCAGAGCCAGCUGUGGACUUAUAAGAGCACUGCCUUGUCAUAAACUGAUAUUUUCAGCACCAUUGGAAAUGACUACCCCUUUACCUAUGAUAAAGUGUCUUGUUGCACCUGUU